GGCUUUCUCUCUCUCUCUCCCUUGCUCUCCCUCAUCUCAUUGUUUCAGAGUAGGCCAAAUUUGAAGUCCUUCCCAGGGAGUGGCCCUGUUCGUCUUAUUCUCCAGCCAAAGCAGAAACAGCGUGAGAAGGAGAGAGGCCCAUUCGGCAGCCAAAGGACUCGGUGGACAGAGCAGAGGAAAAAUACACAAUAUGCUGCUCUUGGGACCCAAGGUGCUGCUGCUCCUCACUGCCCUCAUCAUCCCCUCUGAUUGGACACCACUAGGAGUCAGUGGUCAACGAGGAGAUGAUGUGACUCCAGUGACUCUAGAGACAUUCACAGAAGAUCCUAAUCUGGUGAAUGAGCCCUCUACAGAUGAAACAGUUCUGGCUGAUAUCGAGCCUUCCACAGAUGACCUGGCUUCUCCUGCUGAUAAAAAUACCACAACAGACUGCCGGGAUGAAAAAUUUGCUUGCACGAGACUCUACUCUGUGCAUCGGCCAGUCAAGCAAUGCAUUCAUCAGUUAUGUUUCACAAGUUUACGACGUAUGUACAUCAUCAACAAUGAGAUCUGCUCUCGUCUUGUCUGUAAAGAACACGAAGUUAUGAAAGAUGAACUUUGCCGUCAGAUGGCUGGUUUACCCCCAAGACGACUCCGUCGCUCCCACUACUUCCGACUUCCACCCUGUGAAAAUGUGAAUUUGCAGAGACCCAGCGGUCUGUGAUCACCAAGGAAGAGGAAAGAAUAAUGUGUGGGUGGGAGGAAGAGAAUGCCCUAACAAGAGGGAACUCUUUCUUGUCCAACCAUUGUCCGCUAACCCAUAGACAUUAGUAUUUCUUAAACCAAUCCCUUUGCAGUGCCUAGCUUUUGCCUCCAUUCCCUGACUGAUAACAAAGUCUGUAUUAUUGCAUAAUUUUGCUGUUUCUCAAUAUCAUAGACGUAGAUUAAUGAUAACCAUGUGGCUUAUAUACAAACAUCCUAUACACAAUUUCAAAGGAAAAUAAACAUUAGGUUAAUAUUGACCGUU